AUGGAAAUUGCCACAGCUUUAACGGUUGGAAUAGUACUGCUUGUAGCUAUAUUCCACGUAUCCAUGGCAGCCAAGAAGACUUACAUCGUCCACAUGUCCAAAUCCGAAAUGCCGGCGGAGUUCAAUCACCACACGCAUUGGUACGCCUCCACGCUCAAGUCGGUGUCGGGCUCGGACAAGAUGCUCUACGCUUACGACCAAGUGAUACAUGGAUUCGCAGGCAGCCUCACAGACGAGGAGGCCCGAUUAAUGGCGUCGCGGGCUGGGGUUCUUUCCGUCCAGCCCGACUCCAGGCUGGAGCUCUCCACAACCCGGACCCCCACAUUUCUGGGCCUGGACAGGCUGGACUACGACCACAAGUACAGGUACAUUCUACCCGACUCUCGACAACAGAGCAUCGUCAUCGGGGUCAUCGACACCGGUGUCUGGCCAGAGAGCCAGAGUUUCAACGACGCGGGAUAUGGGCCCAUACCCACGUCCUGGCGAGGAGAAUGUCAGACUGGGUCCCACUUUAAUGAAUCUAUGUGCAACAAGAAAUUGAUCGGGGUCAGGUACUUCUUGAAUGGCUACGAACACAAUGCCGAUCCCCCUGUUAACUGGACAACAGAGUACAGGUCGGCGCGGGACAACCAAGGCCACGGGACCCACACGGCAUCCAUUGCGGCUGGAUCCUCUGUCCCCGGUGCAAACCUGCUCGGGUAUGCCAACGGGAUGGCGCGCGGGAUGGCACCGCGGGCAAGGGUUGCCAUAUACAAGGUUUGCUGGGUCGGUGGAUGUUACACUUCCGAUAUAUAUGGGGCCUUCGAUGCGGCUAUUAGCGAUGGAGUCGAUGUAUUGUCUAUCUCUUUGGAGUCUUUUUCACUGAUUCCCUUUUACGAAGACAUCAUUGCCAUCAGUGCAUUCACCGCCGCGGCCAAUGGUAUUUUCGUCUCCUGUGCUGCCGGAAACUACGGGCCCAACUCCUCCAACAUAGUGAACGUGGCCCCAUGGAUAGCCACCGUUGGCGCUGGGACAAUAGAUCGAGACUUCCCCGCCUAUGUCAAGCUCGGCAACGGGAAAACUUACGCUAGUACAUCUUUUUGUGAAGGUUCUUCACUGCCCCAUAAACUAGUGCCCAUUGUGUACGCUGGGCAAGCAAGCCAAAACAGCAGUCGCGGCCGCUUCUGUCUGAUUGGCACUCUAAUCCCGAAAAGGGUUAGGGGUAAGAUUGUGUUGUGUGACCGAGGUGAAAAUGGUAGAUUCGAGAAAGGCGUUGUGGUCAAGAAAGCCGGUGGGGUCGGCAUGGUUCUGGCUAACACCAACAUUUAUGGCGAGGAGGUAGAGGCGUACGCUCACUUGCUUCCCGCCUUGAAUGUUGGCCAGAAGGCAGGCGACGAGAUAAGGAGGUACCUGUGGUCGAAUCGCAGCCCGACGGCCACAAUUAUAUUUGGAGAGACAAGGUUUGGGGUUGAGCCAUCGCCGGUGGUCGCCGAUUUCAGCUCGAGGGGACCGAGCCCAUUCAGUCCCCAGGUGCUGAAACCGGACUUGACAGCGCCAGGUGUGAACAUUCUAGCCGCGUGGUCCGGGGCACUGAGCCCAACGGAGUCGAGCAUCGACACACGCAGGGUUGAUUUUAACAUAAUAUCUGGCACUUCGAUGUCGUGCCCCCAUGUCAGCGGCCUGGCAGCUCUGCUGAAGGCGGCCCAUCCAGAUUGGAGUCCCGCGGCCAUCCGCUCGGCCCUCAUGACUACAGCCUACACGACGGACAGGAGAGGGAACCCCAUGAUAGACGCAUCCACAGGCAAAAAGUCCACGCCAUUCGAUCAUGGAGCAGGGCACGUGAAUCCCAUACCCGCCCUUGACCCAGGGUUGGUCUACAAUAUUACCCCCGACGACUAUCUAAAUUUCCUCUGUGCGCUCAACUACACGCCCCAGCAGAUCCAGAUCAUCACAAAACAAAAUUUCACAUGUGACCCCAAGAAUGCAUACAACGCGACCGACUUGAACUACCCCUCUUUCGCCGUUCAAGUGCCAGCUGAUAUCAACACCACAAGGGUGGUUACACACAAGAGAGUGGUUACCAACGUCCGAUCAUUCUGGUCCACGUACGUGGUCUCCAUCUCUUCACCAAGCAACUCAGUCAAGAUUUCCGUUCUCCCUAAUAGGUUGACUUUUCGUAAAAGAAACGAGAUGAGGCCUUAUACCGUGACGUUCGAGAUAACCGGACCAAUGCCGCCGGGCACACACAAAUUUGGUGAAAUUAAGUGGUGCGAUUGGGAUAAUCAUGUCGUCCGGAGUCCAAUUGCUAUAAGUUGGAUCUAG